AUGCAUCAGUUCAAGCAUCGUCUACCGUUCGGUCAAGUGAAAUUCAUUGAAUGUGAUGGAGAAGCAACAUUGAACGGUUUCCACUACGCCGAAGCAUGCAGUGUCGAUGCGUUACCUCAUGAGCGAAAAUUCACUGAAUGCUUACAAUACAAUCAGCAUGUCAUUAUUUAUGGAGUAGGAACCGGUGAUAGCUGGACGGUAGAGCUGACCGGAGCCGCAGGCGAAGCCCUGUUUCAGUUUGUUGCAAAAUAUAAAGAGAAGGCCGUUACUCGCAACGCAUGCAUUGGAGGAAACUGGGGGCAAGAAGAGAAAGGGGGACAAUUUCCCUUCCAAAGAGAUCGUGGUUUUGAUCUUUGCAUUGCAAAUCUGCCUAGUGGCCUCCAGGUUCUCUGCAAUAACGCUCGCUUCACGUUGUUCAACCAUCGAACUGGAACGCCAGCCAGUGACUAUAAAGGGUUGAAAAUCACGGGCGACGCAAGGAUCAUUAUGGUGCGAGUCGCCCCAUAA